AUGGCUACAGCACCCCCCGUCGGAGCGGAGAACAUCAACACUGAUAUCGUCACACUUUCCCGUUUCUUCACAGAAGAACAGAUUAAGUACCCCGAAGCCUCGGGUGACUUCACUCUCCUAUGCCAUGCCCUCCAAUUCUCUUUCAAGUCAAUUGCCUACUACAUCCGUCGUGCCUCCUUGAUCAACCUUACCGGACUGGCUGGUUCCUCAAACAUAACCGGUGAUGACCAGAAGAAGCUGGACGUUAUCGGCAAUGACAUCUUUAUCUCUGCCAUGCGUGGCUCCGGCAAGUGCCGAAUUAUCGUCUCAGAAGAAGAAGAGGAAGUGAUCCGGUUCGACGAGCACCCCAAUGCUCGUUACGCCGUCGUCUGCGACCCCAUUGACGGUUCCUCCAACCUGGACGCCGGUGUGUCUGUCGGCACUAUCUUCGGUAUCUUCCAGCUCCCCGACGAGGUCCUGGGUCCCAACAAGACUGUCGGCCCAGAGGACCUGCUCCACCCAGGUACCAGCCUGGUGGCGUCCGGCUUUACCAUGUACGGCGCCUCAGCGCAGCUCGUGAUCACGAUGCGUGGCGGCGGUGUCAACGGCUUCACGCUCGAGAACUCGCUUGGAGAAUUCAUCCUCACCCACCCCAACAUGAAACUGCCCGCAGCGCGCUCCAUCUACUCCGUCAAUGAGGGUAACAGCCAGUACUGGGAUGAGUGGUGCAACGCCUACUUCCACAGCCUCAAGUACCCCGAAAACGGCGGCAAGCCUUACAGUGCCCGUUACAUUGGUAGCAUGGUCGCCGAUGCUUACCGUACUCUGCUGUACGGCGGUAUCUUCGCCUACCCGGCCGACUCAAAGAGCCCCAAGGGCAAACUUCGUAUCUUGUACGAGUGUGCGCCCAUGGCGAUGGUCUUCGAGAAUGCAGGCGGCCUUGCUGUCAACUCGCGCAUGGAGCGGUUGAUGGAGGUUGUCCCUGAGCACAUUCACGAUAAGAGUGGUGUCUUCCUUGGCUCCAAGGAUGAGGUCCAGAAGGUCAUUGAUAUGUACAACAAGUACAAGAAAUAA